AUGAUCCAGGGAUGCCCGUACGCCCCCACCGUGGCCAAGCUCACCAUGUCUGAACCCUUACACAGACUGAAACGAGUCACAGUCUUGCAUCAUUGCGACGUAUGGUUGGAUGAUGUCUCUGCAGACUCCCUCCAUGCCUCGCCAGAUAUAGUCGCGGGCGCGGCGUAUGAAGCCUUUCGAGUGCUCAAGGCCAGUCUUCAGGCUGAAGGUCUCGUCCUCAGCCAAGAGAAAACAAAAUUUGUGGCCGGGACACCCCGUUCGGCCGCGGCGCUGCGACAGCUGCUGCGGCCGGGGGACCCUGACAUAGUCGACGUGGUCAAGGAUUUAGGCCUUGAUAGUGGCAGUGGCCGCCGGCGCAGGACUACUACUGCCCAGAAACGCUUUCGGGUAGGUAGCCUUCGUAACCUGAAGUUGGGCAAGCUUCGUAUCCCGGCACGCCGCGUCCGGCUACGGUUGCACCGUUCUAGUGUGGUCACCUCGGGUCUUUAUGGCCAUGAAGCACAAGGGGUUGCCCCUAAACAUAUGAAAACCAUGCGCGCGGCGGUAGCCCGACACGCAGGCAGGAGCCGAUAUGGUUCCACGGAUACCAUCCUAGAUAUGACGGCCCAUGAGGUUCAGGAUCCCUACCUUAUUGUGGUAACCCAGCACGUGGAAAGUCUUUUCAGGAUGAUGGCCAGAUGUAACCGCAUGGGAUGGGAGGCAGUAAAGGACACUUGGCGGGUGGUCUGGAAGCGGCUGGAGGCUGCGAAGCACGGUUGGCCUGUGGUCACUGGACCCAUCUCUGCCAUGUGUCAAUACCUCCGCGACCUCCAGGUCGACGGCCACGAUCCUUCCCGCUGGGUUUUUGAGGAGCGUGUUCUCGAAAUCAAGCCCUCUGAGGUUUCGGUUGUCUGUCAAACCUCGUCUUUCCUCACGGACAUCAUCAAGACCCAGAGGUCUCGUCGCAUCGGAUCGGCCUCGUCGGCAGCGGGUGCUGCGGGCGGGGUCGAUUGGACGGUCCCGCGUCGCCUGCUCAAGUCAGUGCGCACCAAAACAACCCGGUACGCCUAUCGGGCUGUUUUCCAAGGGUCCAUUCUUCAUAAUGGCAAUGGUGGCAAGGAUAUCUGUAAGUUUUGUGGCGAUCCCGGGGCCACCCUGCGUCACCUCAUGUAUGAGUGCCCUUCCUUCCCUGGUGGCAUGCGGUUACCGGGGUACGUUCUGGCGGAGAAGCGCCGUUUCCCUGAUGACUGCCUGUGGCUUCGGGGUAUGCUUCCCCUUAAAUACCUCCCAGUCGCUCCCUCGGGGGACCUAGAAGUGGUCAAGACAGGCGUGUUUCUCACGUCCUCCCAGGUAGUAGCAGACGGGUUGGUGGUUGCUACGGACGCGUCAGGGGGAAAGUUCACCAAGGAUCCGCGACUGCGAAGAGUGAGCUGGUCUGUCGUCGCCAACCAGUGCGCCGACGAGUUGGCAGGCAAACGAGCUGCCACCAUACCGCCUGUAGCAGGGCGGAAAGUCCAGGACCUGGAUAGGCUCGUAACCAGGAUCUGCGAUUACCUGGUUCAUGAGAUGGAUAGGCUAGAACGUUUGCUUGCUCAGCCGUGCAUUGACAUGCCCCGCAAUGGCCCCCAGUUCUGGCCUACCCUUCACCCGCCUCGGUUUCCACGCCUCCUGGGCGGCCGGACUCUCCAGGGGUCGUGGCCCCUUCUGGCGCGAGCAGCGCCAACGAAUGGCAGAGGGGAAGUCGUGGCGCUCUACGGAGACGACCAGCAGGAAGGGGCACCCCUCCCUGAGGAGGCUGAGGAGUCCCCCUGGGGCCGGCGGCAACGCAUGCGUAGAGAAGCUCAGGACUUUACCCCGGGUGUGCGCGCGGCUGGUGAAGCAGCAAGCUACAUCAAGCGGCCCACCUCGCCUCGGCACUUCCUCCCUCCAGAUCUCACACUUACGUGGGACCCGAUUCGCCAGGUCGUGGUGGAAGCCCGAGUUCUCACGCGCCUGGGCUGGGGACAAAGCCGUGUAGGCUACCAGCUGUCUCAGGCGCUGGUCUUGAAGCUCACGGAUGAUGCAUCCUUUAACGGUCCGGAGAUUGAUAUGGCGCGGCGUUUUCCCCGGCUCAUGGCUCCCAUCCUUACCAGUGGCUCCAUGUGGAUUGGACUAGGGCCUGAAGGAGAGCCAGGUGCGGGCCUGCAUCGUUUCCUGUACCACGUGCAAGAGCAUCGCUGCCAGGCCCGUGAGUGGCUCCAGGAAAAUGCUGCCAAUGGUCUCCGUGUUCACUCCUACCUCCUGGCCACGUUGGCCACCUUGUUGCACUUGUAUGCCUGUGGGGUUGAUGCCAAGGAUGUGGGCAUUUCAAACCUGAGCCACAGGCCGCUGGGCACGAGGGUGGUUCCCCUUCCGGCCUUCAUCGAUGCCAACAACUGGGGCCCCUCCCAAGGGAGGAUUUUGUUGGGAUGGGGCUUCGGUUCGCCCGGGAACGUUUUUGCAGGUUUUCUCGGAGGCGUUUUGAACAAAGGCGCCCACGACAUCCGACUGCCUCUCAUAACCUUUCUCUUGUUUUACCUUAGUGCUGUGGCAGCUGCUGGAGGGACCAGCGCCAAGCUUGCAGUGAUAGACCUUCGAAAGCUGGCUGGGCUGGGCAGCCAUGGUCGGAUGCAGCAGGCUUCUUUGCUUCCUCGCGAGAUGUUCAGCGGUUUUAGCGAAAUCUUCCACAAUUACCCGAAGGCCUUCCCGGAGAACAUUUUGACAAGUGAGGGUGAGCUGGAGCGAUUUGCAGCAACCCGCAAUUCCGGGGCCAGCCUGUCCAGGUUCUUUGCAGCGGCAGACCAACCUUUGACCAGUAGACCUUUUUUUUCCUCCCAUUGGUCCCCUGCGCCGGGGCAUGCGGCGAUUGCGGGAAGAGUCGUGCCGUCGAUUUGCUGUCUUUACCUAUGUGUUUCGAGGGCAAAGCGCCGGCGGCGCGUGCCGCUGGCAGCAGCGUCUUCUCCCGAUUGCCACGGCCGUCAGUUCUUUGAGGACUGGGCUUCGUGGUUGGAGGACACCUUCGUGUCCAAGCUCGACCUGGUUGAGGAAAGCUUACCGCCAGAAUUGGCACGAAGGACGGGCGAGGCGCCGACAAGUGCUGCCAGUGCGAGAAGCGCACGGAGCUCCCCGCAUGCCAUCAUCGAGUCGCGAGUUUGGCUGGGGCAGGAUCCAGGCGCUGUGCGACGCGUGCGGUACGUCACCGUGGACGCUGGCCCACAACUUCAGGCUUUCAAUGCCGUCGUCUAUCCUGAGCCUUCCAUUGGACUGCAGCCUGUGCUGGGCGUCGACGUGCUCUCCUUCAAUUCCCACAAACGCCAGCUGUUCGGGGUGGACUGGGCACCGAUGCUGCCGGAGCCAGGAUAUGCCGAGGCGCGCAUCGCGCCCUUUGUCCGUUCCGUCUACGAGGACUUUGAGGCUUGUCGGAGUCCGCCCAGCGGAAAGAUCUAUGGGGACGCGCCUGAGUUCUUCAGCCCCUACAUGUUCUUCAGCCGGCCUGAGGGCCCCGAGGCCAUCUCACCUGGAUCCGAGCUCUGGGAGGUGUUUACCCGGUACUUUGAUGAGUACCACAAGAUGUUGUCCAGAUGCCCCUUGGUGGACGAAGCCUGCUCUCGGCAAGCGCAGGCUGAAGACUUCUUCGACUUAUUGAGCCUGUCGUACGUGUUCGUAGGCAGCAAUCAGUUGCCCUGA